AUGAGACAAUUCCCGCCAAUGUACGCGACUCCGCAAACAAACUCGCCCGCACCGGUGCAGUCACCGCAGCACGAUGCUCAUGGCAGACCGAUCUAUGGACAACCGGCAUCAGGCAUGGGAUCAAGCAUGUACUAUCCUCAAUACUCGCUACCUCACCAACAAACGUCAUACAGUCAACAUGUUCAACACAACCCAAUGCACACCAGUCCAUCGUUGAUUCAAGGCCCACACAGUCAACCACUUCAUCAAUCUCCCCACGCAGACUACAAAGGCUUGACCGGCAGCCCAAAGUCACGGAUGCCGCAGACACCACAUCAACGACCACCUUCUGGACUUGGCGCGUCGCAGACUACUCCACAGGGUCCGCCUGGAAGUGCUGGUAGCAUGCACCCGGGUAAUUCAGCAAACGUAAACCCCAACGCUGCUCCAGGCCCUAUCCCAGCCACAACUCCGCUUGUUGUUCGACAAGACCAGAACGGUGUCCAGUGGAUUGCGUUUGAGUACUCGAGAGAUCGCGUCAAGAUGGAAUACACCAUUCGAUGUGACGUGGAGUCGGUAAAUGUGGAGGAACUGCCGCAAGACUUCAAGACCGAGAACUGUGUCUACCCUCGCGCAUGCUGCCACAAGGAUCAGUACAAAGGCAAUCGCCUGCAUUACGAGACGGAAUGCAACACUGUCGGCUGGGCUCUUGCGCAAUUGAAUCCAUGCUUGAGAGGCAAGAGAGGAUUGAUCCAGCGUGCAGUGGACAGCUGGAGGAACAGCAACCAAGACCCACGACUUCGCAGUCGCAGAGUCCGAAGAAUGGCCAAGAUCACCAACAGGAAAGCUGUGCAGGGAGGGCAGCAUGGUCCACACAUGACGCCUAGCGCGCCGGGAAGCGCAGGGAUUCCCAACUCGGCGGGCUUGCCAGGAGCCCCAGGUUCAAGGCCAGGUAUGGGAAUGGGAGGUCAGCUCCACCAUCAUCACGAGCACCCAGGCGGCGCGCCGGGUAGCAGCGACGAUGUCAGCGGCAGCAGCUACGACCAAAGCCCGCAGACCCACCAUCAUGGCUCCACCAAUGGACAGGGAAUCAGUUCACCAAACGACGUUCGCCCGGCACACAGUUUCAGCCCUACGUACCCUAGCUACUCAUCGGCAGGCAAUUCUUCGAUGCCCUCGAUUCACGGGUCAAUGGAUCACGUUGGUGGUCAUGCGCAUCCGCACUCAAGCGCUGCUCCUGCCGGUAAACGGGCUGAUGAGGAGCGUAUGAUUGCGUUGUUCGGGGACCUACCAGAGGCCAAGCGUCGCAAGUUCAUUCUUGUGGACGACGCUCAGCGAGGAACCAGAGUUCGCGUACGAGUCAUGCUCGAUCAAGUCAACAUGGACGAGAUUCCAGACUCGUACCGUAAAUCUAACUCGGUUUUCCCGCGCUCGUGCUUUGACAUGCAGACAGCCUCACCUCCAGCUUCGCCACGUGGAACGCACGUUUUCACGAGUGAUCCCGAGGACGAGCGCGAAGCCGAAGCUCCAGUCACUGGCCGAACUCUCGUUCCAGUGCCAACAAUGGACGGCGGUGACAUCAAACUGCCGAAGCCACGAAUCACGCGGACCAAACGAUCACGUGAAGUCACUCUGAACGAAUUGGGCUAUCGCAUGAGCUGGAGCCAAGGCAGAGUGUUCGCCGGUCGUACGUUGUUCUUGCAGCGAUCUUUGGAUGCAUACCGCAACAAGAUGCGCAGUACGAUGAUGGCCGCAGGACAUGACAUUGCACAGAAGGCACCGCACUUUGACACGCGUGUUGGGAAGAAGCGCUGGAUGGAACGGUCGAAGCGUUCCAAGCGGGCCAGCUCUCCUUAA